AUGCGCGAGGAGUGGAUGGAAUAUAAAGAAUUAAUCGGCAAGAGAACACAGUCGACCAAGACAAUUUUGGCGGUGAUGAAGAAGUUUCAUCAUCGAUGCGACUUUGGUGCCGCAAGUAGUCGACGUCAUGUGGUGGGAAAGGGCGAGAUGAUGAACCGGAGGAGGUUGGAUGUCGAUGAGGAAGGGCCAAGCAACGACGAUGGGCCCAGAGCAACGGAGCAUGAGACACACAAACAUUCAGCACAAUAG